UGUACCGGACCUUGGUUGGGUCCUCUUGGGUGGUGACGUAAUUCCCCAGCGCAUCGAAAAUCUUCUCAACAGUAAUCCGUUUUAUAUUUCUGUGUUAUCGACGUUAUUUUUCCAUAAGCCUUUAAUAAUGGCAUUGGAAACGGUCCCUAAAGACCUCCGCCAUCUGCGAGCUUGUCUCUUGUGUUCGUUAGUGAAGACCAUUGACCAGUUUGAAUAUGAUGGCUGUGACAACUGUGAGUCUUACCUUCAAAUGAAGGGGAACAGAGAGAUGGUGUAUGAAUGCACAAGCUCUUCGUUUGAUGGUGUGAUAGCCAUGAUGAGUCCUGAGGACAGCUGGGUAGCUAAAUGGCAGAGGAUAGGAAACUUCAAACCAGGUGUUUAUGCAGUUUCAGUGACAGGCAGACUACCUCCAGGUGUGGUGAGAGAGUUGAAGAGCAGAGGAGUGAUCUACAAAUCCAGAGAUACAGCAGUGAAGACAUAGACCACAUAUGCUACCAACAGAGGGACUACCUUUGAGGAUGUCUGUGAUGUCUCUUGGAACUGCUUUCAGCUGUUUAUUUCUUUUGUUGUGUUGUUAUUAUGAAUAUUGGUAUGGGUGCUAAAGGUGGAGAGAAUGUGUUGAAAAUGUUUUUUAUUUCUUUGAAUGAUCGACAAAAUUAAAAAUCAGUUUUAUAACAAA